UCUUCAGGGGCGAUGCCAGCAUCAGGCCACAACGGGUGGCCAGAAGCCUCUCCCUUCCGCGUGCCGACACUCCGAGACCAGUUCAAUUUGAGGGGUCCGAGGAACUGUUUAGCCACCCGAUGGUGACCCUGAAUCUACAAUCUGUGGAUGUCACAGCAAACGAUCAAGAUUUAUUCCGUGAAAAACAACUCAAGCAGAAGCGACCCUGAAGUCACAGUAAUCAACAAGUUUGGACAUGCACCGGUGACAUUAGAUGUGUGGGAACCUGUUAUCCUGUGACAUCGUCAAGCCACUUGGGAGUUCACAUCACUGGACAAUACAUGUUAUUCUGACAAGAGUCUUCCAUUCAUACUCGCAUCACUAAUAUCCAAACUUUCCUAAAUAUAACUUACGCUUAUGUUUCUUCCAGGGGCUGCAUCUGACCAGGAACAAUUGAUGGAAGCAUGUGAUGGGGGAGAGGUGGGAGAAGAAGAUUCGGACUUGACUCAGGUGGAUGAAAUCCCGGAGGAGCAUGAGGACGGCGGUCGUCAAAAUGUGGUCGCUGAAAAUCAGCCCGUUGAAACCGCACCAAAAACCACGGCACAGAUGUCGCCUGCAUCUCGGCUAGAAAAGGCUAGAACCCGAAGCAGACGUGUGGCCUUGCUUAGCACCGUGGCAGAAAAGAUGUUGUCUCAGGCAGAGAGAGAGGAGAACAACAAUGCCAAGGAAAGAAAACAGACAUUGACGGAGAGCCGAGAGUGGCGCAUGCAAUUUCUGGAAGCGGAGCAGAGAAGGCAUGAGGACACUAUGAGGGAGGCACAAGAAGACAGAAAGGCUUUCAUUGAGGCGCAGCAGCAGAACUUUGAGGGCAUCAACAGAGCGGUCAGUGCCUUAAGCUCCCUAACCGAAAUUUUGCUGGGGGGAAACCGUGAGCAGAGUCACCAAGCCAUGCCAGGACCAUCAUGUGGAAGGGGAAGUGUGCAUAGAUCUUCACAGGAGAACCCACCCAGAAAGAGGUGCCGUGUGAUUAAACCCAGCAAGAAAUUUGAUUUGUGAAAAAC